AUGGCGAGCCGUGGCACGUUCCCAGACGUGGUGGCCUUCAAUGCCACCUUGGCCGCCUUGUCCAAGCAGGCCAGGUGGAUGCAGGCUAUCAACGUGCUGCAUGACAUGUGCCAGUCCAGAUACCAGCCAGACGUCGUGAGCGCAAAUGCCGCUGCCAGCGCGUGCGAGCGCGGCUCCGCAUGGCAGCGGGCGCUGGCGAUCCUGCACGGGGGCCUGGGCCGAGCCUCGGAAGUUCGAGACUUGGCCUUCUACGGCAUCGAGGCCUCGGCGAUCGGCCGGGGACGGCGCUGGGCCGAGUCGCUGCAGGUGCUUUUGCGGGCUCAUGCGUCGGGGCUGCGGCCCACUCAGACUCUCUUCAACAUAGUGCUGGCAUCCUGCGAGCAUGCUGGCAGCUGGCUAGCAGCCAUUGCCCUCCUCGAAGAGAUGCGCGUCUCGCGCAUGGCUGGGCUGAUCUCUUUCAACACUUGCAUGGCCGCGUGUGCCGCGGCAGCGCAGUGGCGACAGGCACUUGACCUGCUUGCUGAGGUGCAAAGCCUUUAUCAACCGGAUUGUGCCACCAUGGGUUCGAGCAUCACCGCAUUGGCCAAGGGGCAGCAGUGGCAUCGGGCUUUGGAGCUUCUGCAAGGCUUCUCCUCGCAAAGCCUGCAGCCGAAUCAGGUCGUCGUGAAUGCUUGCAUCUCAGCGGCAGAAGCAGGCCGCCAGUGGCCGUGGGCACUGGAGUUGUUGUUCUUCUCCAAGAAGGAGCUGAGGCCCGACAUAAUCACCUACAACACGGCGGUCAGCGCCUGUGAGAAGUCUUCUGAGUGGCAGAAGGCCUUCCAGCUUCUCCGCGAGCUCCAGGACCGGCGACUUCAGCCGGACAGCACUUCUUACGGGGCCACCAUUUUGGCGGCGGUCUCUGCCCGGCCCAUGCAAUGGACGGCAGCCUUCUCGCUGCUGGAAGAGAUGAUGGGGCGUCGGAUCACACCACAGCUGGCCACUUUCACGCAGCUUCUAAUGGAGUGCGAACUACGCGGCCUGGCAGAGCGCGAGCGGAGCCUUCUUUUGGCCUUGCCCGAGGCCUUAGAGGCUUCGGCGGCUUCGGCUAGUGCCGUUACGGAGACGAGCGCUUCCGCCACCCGGGAGGAUGUGUCGCAGCUGGUGCUGCAUGUGGCUGCACAGAAGUGUCUCCUUUCCGGAGACCCGGAUCGCUGCACAGAGUUUCUUCGCCGACUUGACCGGGCAGGACUGUGGAAUCCCUUGGCAGAGGCCUUGUGGCUGAGGGCGAAAGGCAAUCACUCCGGCAAGAACCGGGCAGAAGGGGAGACACCCAGCUCGCGCGCCCGGGCCCCACCGGAAGGUCUCCGCGCCGGUCGGGCUAAGGAGCUACGCUUGUGCCGUCACGUCUUUGCGUCGGCUUCCAUGGAUGCGAAGUCCGUCUGCGAGGCCAUGGAGGACUUCGGGCACCGCUUGUCACAACAAGGCCUGUGGCUGAAGCUGGCAGCCGGCGCGAAGGGCGACCUUCUCGUCUCAGCUUUAACCCGUGCUCCUGCAGGGCCUGUUCUCGAGAUCGGCUCCUACUGUGGCUACUCAGCCAUCCGCUUGGCCUUGUCGGGGCGGGGUGUGGUCACGCUGGAGACGGACCCCAUCCAUGCCGUGAUCGCCAGGAACAUGGUGAUGAUGGCAGGGCUUGACCAUCGAGUCGAUGUGCGGAUCGGCCACAGCAAGGACAUCCUACCUCGCCUCGGCAAGUUCGACGGCGACCAGAAGUUUGCUUUCGUCUUCAUGGACCAGAAGGGCUCGCGAUUUCACGAGGACUUGAAGCUGCUGGCAGACAGGGAUCUGCUUUGCGACGGUGCUGUGGUUGUGGCGGACAACGUGCUGAAGCCGGGUGCGCCGAUCUUCCUCUACCUGCUAGCAGAGGCCGCAAAACGUGGCGACAGCGCCACCGAGAUCGUCGAGCUUCAGGAGUUCGCGAUGCCAGCAGAGGACUGGAUGUCUGUCACCACACUUUACCGGCCGCGCGGCUUCCUCACGCUCACGCAACGUGAAGCAGUGCCGGCUGAACUCUGGAAGCUCCAUGCAGCCUCGGAGCGCAUCCGCACACAGGCCAUGGGACAAGGAGUGACCUUCAACGAGUGGUCGUUGUUCAAUGAGGAUGCUCGCCUGAGCUCAGGCAGCCCAAAGGGAGCUGAGCCGCCUACGGGAGCAGAAUCGCCGACUGGUGCGCCCUUGCUGGGCUUCGGGGUUGUGAUGUUUACGGUGACGCUGUCUCAGUCGAGCUUGCUGGAGGGCUCGGUAAGCAUGGGCGUGUCUGCGAAGACCGAUGAACGCCUGCACUUUCUGUCUAUCGAACAUUCGUUACUCUUGAGCGUUGAGAAGGCGGCCAAGAGAAGUGACGCAGAGUUUCUCCAGGCCGACAUGAAGCUCGGCGGCGCGCUGCAGACUGAACCUUCGACCGUCGCGCUGGCGGCUGAAGGCAAGCACGGUGCUGGGAAAUCCAAGGCCUUGGCAGUGGCCAAGAAGAUCGGCGCAACCCGGAAGGAGGUCCAGCGCCUGAAGAUGGACCGGGCAGAGCUCUUGGCAAAGCUCAGCUCCCAGCAGCAGGCCUUGGACAAGGUGAACUUCGAGAUCAGGCAGCAUUCAGAGCACGUGGAGGAGCUCAAAGAGCGGAGCCAAAACCUGGAAGAGAUGAUGGCGAACAUGGACCAGGCCGACACUCUUCAAGUGCAGAAGGCGACGCAGGAGUCCGAACGCAUCCAGUCCUUCUUCGCCUCCAUGAACAAGGAGAUCCAGAAGGCCAGAGAGAAGAAAGCCAACCUUGACGCCCGCAUCGCGCAGCUGACCGCUGAGCGGCAGAAGGAAGAGCAGCGCGCGAAGAAUCAGGCUCAAGAGGCUCGCGCGGUGGCGACAGAGGUGGAGCAGGCAAACAAUGAGCUCGCGGACGUGAAGCAGGAGAUCUCGAAGCUCGACGCUCAGAUCCAGGCGCAGCAAUCCAAGGAAGAGAAGAUGAAGAACGAGCUGCAACAGGAGCAGGUGCGAUACCAGCAGGAGCUCAAGGACAAGGCCAUCCGUGAACAGCAGAUCGAGGGGCUCACUACCGAGCUUGCCGCCAAAAGCAAGGCAGCUUCGUCGCUGGAAGCCCGAUACAUCAAGCUGCAGCGCAAGGCGCGGGCCGCAAAACGACUCCUCGAGAAAGAGAAGGCCAAAGCGAAGGAGCAGGAGAAGGAGGCGCAGGAUCAGCUCCAGCGCGAGAAGGCCAAAGCGGAGGCGCAGGCGCACGAGGAUGCUGCAGAGCUUCAGCGUGUCCAGGAGAUGCUUCAGAAGGAGGCGAAGCUUGCCAAGGAAAGCUUUGCGGAAGAGGUGAAGCGAGUGGAGAACAAGCACUUGAAGGAGGUCAAGGAGCAGGAGCAGAAGAUUGCCCAUCAGGUUGAGAUCGAGAAGGGCCAGAUCAGGGAGAAGGUUUCGCAGCUACAGAAAGAGCUGGCGCAUGAGCAGAAAGUCGGCCAAGACCAGGCCGCGGAGGCCAGCAAGAAGGAGGAGGCACUGCGAGCCGAGCUCCGGAAGAGCAAAGAGGCAGCAGAGGAGAAAGCCCAGUCCACCAAGAAGCGCAUGGCAGACAUGCAGAGCAGCCUCGACUCGCAGAGGAAGGCAUCCGCCGAGAAGGUCCAGGCCGCCAACUUGAACCUGCAGAAGGUCCAGGAGGAGGUCGUUGAGGAGGAGCAGGCUCUGGCCAGCAAGAAGGCGGAGCUGCGACGCAUCGAGAAGGAGGCCAAGUCUAUGGAGGAGAGGGCAGACUUGGCCGAGCGCCAGGCGCAGCAGAAGGAGGCGCACCUGCAGGCCAAGAUCCGUGCAGCGAACUUGAUGGAGAGACGAGGCAAGACCGCCCUGCAGCGCCAGGCUGAGCACCAGGUGCUGCAGAGAAGCUUGUUUGGGGGCAUUUUUACGGGUCGGUCGGGCUGUGCGCACAGACAGAAGGCCUUCUCCGGGGUCUAA